GACGAACCACUGCGCAAUUGCGCUCUUUUUUUAUUGAUCUAUUUUUGGCUUUUGAGGGGAACUCGGUCUUCUCUUUUCUGUCCACUGUUAUUGUGAGAGCGUGUGUGUAUUGUCGAUCGAUACUGCCAUGUGUGAUGCUUUUGUUUUUGGUUUGCGAUCCUAUUGUGCUGGCGGGCUGCCCAAUUGUUUCGACUCUUUUAAACUCGCGCUUUCCAAACCGUUUUCGCUUUCUUGUAGCCAUUUCUGUUCUAUCUCAUACACACCUCUGCACCUCUCGCUUUUACACUUUUACACACUUUCUUUCAUCCCGUGUUGCUGGACAACUUUUUCUCCCUACACCUUCACUAUUUUUCUCUCCCUUUAGUUCACUCUCAUCGAGCAUCAACCAUGAAGCUCUCUGUUUCGAUUGCCGCCCUUGCCGCGGCCGCCUCUGCAGCCACAUUCAACGGCUUUUCCUACAACCCCAAGGAACUGACCACCGGCAAGUGCCCCACGGUCGACACUGUCAAGUCCGACCUCAAGGUGCUCAGCCAGUACACCAACCAGGUGCGCAUUUACUCGGUCAAGGACUGCAACCAAGGCGAGCCCGUACUGCGCGCCAUGGAGGGCACUGACUGGAAGGUGCAGCUCGGCCUGUGGGUCAGCGAGUACGAGGAGGUCUAUGAGAACGACCGCGACGAGCUGAUCCGACUUGCCGGCGAGUUUGACUUUAAGAAGCAAGUUUCCGCCAUCAUCGUCGGUAACGAGGCCAUCUACCGCAAGGAGCAGACCUCGGCGCAGGUUGCCGCCAAGGUUAGGGACGUCAAGGCUGCCCUAGCCAAGCUGGGUCUGAGCAGCAUCCCCGUCACCGCUUCGGAGACCUGGCCCUACUACGACAAGACUCUCAUUGACGCUGUCGACUACGUCAACGUCCACGCAUUCCCCUUCUGGGAGGGCUUCAAGAUUGAGGAUGCCCAGGACACCGUGUUCGGCCAUAUCUAUGAUAUCCAGAAGCUCGCCGAUGGCAAGAAGGUUGUGGUUGGCGAGACUGGCUGGCCCGACGCCGGAGGCAACUACGAUGAUGCUGUACCUUCGCUCGCCAACGAACACCGCUACAUGAAGGAGUUUAUUUGCCGCGCAAACCUCGAAAAGAUUGACUACAUCUGGUUCAGCGCAUUUGACGAGGCAUGGAAGCCUGUUACCAAUGCCAGUGAUGUUGAGACGCAUUGGGGUGUUAUCAAGGGCGACAAAUCUCCCAAGUUUACUUCCCCCAUGUACGACUGCAAGGACUUUGUCCCCAGCACCAAGCUUUUCGAGACCGAGAGCGAAAGCGAGGGUGAUGAGGAGAGCAAGUCUUCCACCAGAGGUCGCCCCAGCUCGAGUGGCAGCUCUAACAAGCACUCGAGCUCUGAGGAGGGCACCAUCGAUGAAGACGUUGAGGAAACCAACGAGUCGGGUUCUUCGAGCCAGGGCAAGAGCAGCCACUCCGACUCGAGCUCCAGCGGUGCUUGGUCACUAACCUCUUCCAUUAUCCCUGCCGCCGCUGCUGUUCUUGCUGCUGCUGCAUUCUAUUAAGCA